CGAUCAGUGCAGAUCAUUUCUCCUGUAAUGCUUAAGCACAGAGACUCUGGGCACAGCAACUGCAGCAACAACAGCAGAAGAAGAGACAGUGGCAGCUUUGCUAUGUCCCUCCACCUACAGACCUGAAAACACUUGACUGGACCUGCCUUGCUCUGCACAACCUGAUCCAGCCCUGGCACCAAACUUGCUGCACUGCCCACCCUGCAGCACAAGAGGUGACUCCUGAACAAACAAGACUCUACUUACUUAAAGAUCUGGGAGACAGAUAACAACAUGUCAAAAUAUAAACUUGUUAUGCUGAGACACGGCGAAGGUGCCUGGAACAUUGAAAACCGCUUCUGCAGUUGGGUUGACCAAAAGUUGAGCCACGAUGGGCUCAGAGAAGCUGAGGAGUGUGGGAAGAAGUUGAAAUCUUUGGGGUUUGAGUUUGACCUUGUCUUCACUUCCAUCCUGAGUCGAUCCAUACAAACAGCAUGGCUGGUAAUGCGGGAGCUGGACCAAGAAUGGGUCCCCGUCCAGAGUUCAUGGCGACUCAACGAACGUCAUUACGGAGCUUUGAUAGGUCUUAAUCGAGCAGAACUUGCUCUGAAUCAUGGAGAAGAACAAGUGAAAAUCUGGCGAAGAAGCUAUGAUGUCUCCCCACCACCCAUAAAUGUGAAUCACCCUUAUUAUCAAGAAAUUCACACUGACCGGAGGUAUACAACUUGCGAUAUUCCAAACGAAAAACUACCAAAGUCCGAAAGCUUAAAACAAGUACUCGAACGACUUCUUCCAUAUUGGAACGAAGUGAUCGUACCGGAAAUUAGGAACGGAAAACGUGUUCUGAUAUCGGCACAUGGCAACAGCACAAGAGCACUUCUUAAGCACUUGGAAGGAAUCUCUGACUCAGAUAUUGUGAACAUUUCUCUUCCUACCGGCGUCCCUGUGCUCCUUGAACUCGAUGAGAAUCUACAUCCCAUCAAGCCUCACGAAUUCUUGGGCGACCAGGAGGCCAUCCGAGCUGCUAUAAAGAAAGUGGAAGAUCAAGGAAAAGUGAAACCUAAUGAUAAAUAAGGAAAUGCCCUAAGUGUUUCCCUUUUUGACAAGAAUCUGCGGUGCUUUGUUACAGUCUCUUGUUUGUAUAACACAGUGUAAAUAGAAUCUUAUUUUUAUUGUUGGUUGCAGGUCCAUAUUGACAUUUAUUUGCUCAAUAAAUUACUCCAAAAAUCUUAAAAGUCCAAUGCUGAGGUCAAAUAGGUGGUACCAAUACACUCCCUUGUAAAGGUUCCAUUUGAUGCAGUUACCCACAGUGAGUUGCAGGUUAGGAUAGAAUGUGUUCCAAAAUAUGAGCCCCCUGAAAUGUCAUUAGUAACUAUCAGCCUCCCAA